AUGGAGACGGCUGCAAGGAAAAAGAGUUACGACACUAAACUAAAAUCGCUACGUAAAGAAUAUAUGGCAGAAUAUAUAAACAAAGCUGACAACAGGUCCAGAGCGUUAUGGCAAGUGGUAAAUAACCAGCGUAAGGCUAAAACUGACAACAACACAGAAUUGCUCCUCCUCAUGGACAACACCAUUAUAACACAACCAGCAGAAGUGGCAAACUGUUUCAACACAUUUUUCUCAACUGUGGCACACAGAACACUCCAAAACUCUGAUCUUAAUCCGAACCCAGACCCAGAUGACUAUGAACCACCUCCACCUAUAAAGCAGAACUUACACUUCAAACCAGCAACAACUAAUGAAAUCUUAAAAAUCAUAGACUCCCUAAAACCAAAAACCUCAUCUGGAGCAGAUCACAUAUCAGCUAAACUUGUAAAAGCAUGUAAAAACGAACUGUUAAGACCACUCACCCUUAUAACUAACAAAUCUCUUUCACAAGGAAUUUUCCCCAACCAAUUAAAAAUAGCUAAAGUCUACCCAAAGUACAAAGCCGGACCACAUAAUGACACAAACAGCUAUCGACCUAUUUCACUCAUUUCUACUUUUUCAAAAAUUUUAGAAAAAGUUGUCUUACACAGACUCCUAAACUACCUUGAGGAAAACAAACUUCUUACUUACCAACAACACGGAUUCCUAAAGGGCAGAUCAACAUCCACAGCCUUAAUACAAUUCAUAGAAUACAUUAUAGAUCAACUGGAAGAAGGCUGCACAGCAACCUGCCUCUUCCUAGACUUCAGUAAGGCUUUUGAUUGCCUAAAUCACGAACAACUACUCCAAAAACUAGGAAACCUUGGUAUAAGAGGAAAAGCUCAAAGCUGGUUCCGUAGCUACCUGACUGAUAGAAAGAUGUUUGUGGAACCAAGACACUCAGAUCUGCACCAGCACAACACUAGACAUGCCUCGGACUUCGCAUUGCCCCCACACCAUCUGAGCCUAUACAAGAGGAAACCAUCCUAUAAAGGAGCCGCCUACUUCAACCACCUUCCAGAGCACUUAAAGAACCAACCACCUCACCGCUUCAAGAAACAACUGACUCUGUGGCUCCAAGAGAGACCUUUUUACACAGAAGAAGAAUUUACAAACAGCUAA